CACAUGACAGGAGUCACGUGACCCGUGGGGCUGAAACAUGGCAGAUGUCGAAACAACCAAAUCUUUGAACGGUUUGCUGAAUGGAAUAGCACAAAUAGUGUAUUAUAAUAAUGCUGAAAUAACAGAGGAACUUUUGAAAAAUGAACUUUAUCCAGACUUAACGCAGGAGGAGUUUUGCGCGAUGCAUGAAAAGAUGAAAGGUCUUUUAAAGUCCAUUGCCGCUGCAAACAUGGACCAGGCCCAGCUGGAAGCCUUCCUGACUGCCCAGACCAGGAAGCAGGGCACGGGGAGUGUGAGCGCCGAGCAGGCGGCUGCCCUCUCCCGGUUCUGGAAGAGCCAUCGGGCCCGGGUGAGGGAGAGCCUGCUGGGCCAGAGCCGCUGGGAGCCCGGCCUGAAGGGCCUCACCUGGAGGGUGGACCUUCAGACCUCAGCCAGCAGAGGGGGUGCCGCCAACAUUCCCGUGGCCCUGGUGGAGCUGGAACUGGGCAGGGUUGGAGAGGACUCAGACUUUGUGUGUCUGGAGUUUGACGAGGCGAAGGUGAACCAGGUGUUGAAGAAGAUGGCUGAGAUCCAGGAGAGCAUCAACACCAUCGUACAUCGCAGCUAGGGUCUAAAUGUGUGUGAGUGAUAGAAAGAGAGGAACGUCCCCAUUUUAUUUUUUUUGUCUUUUCUUGUCAUUUCCCUUCAUUCCAUGACUUGGACAGAAAACAUUAGCCUGCCACAUCAGACAGGACAAAUAUGCCGUAUCUUUACACUUUUAUUUACUGUACACACUGGCUAGUUAAUUUCUUAGUAAGUCCUAUCUGUUUACAUUACAUUUAAGUCAUUUGGCAGACGCUCUUAUCCAGAGCGACUUACAAAUUGGUGUUUAAUCUAACAUUGGCCUUAUUUACUCCAAAGGGGAUAUUGUUCUAUCACUGCUAGAGGAGAAAACAUGCUGUUUUUUUUGUGUCUGGGAAGGAAGACUUCUUUUCACAUACAGAACCUCCACUACUGUUAUGCUUGAUUUUACGAUUAGUGCAAUGUCCAUUUUGUACGUAUCCUUUGCCAUUCCAGACAGUGACACAUUGAUAUUUUCAGUUUAAGCCUAGUAAACUUAACAUCCCCUUGCUUAAUGUUGGGCAGACAACUUGUACAAUAUCGUUGUUCCCAAAUGAGCUGCUUCUUUCCACACUAUUACUGUCACCAUCAUGAAUUUCCUUCUGGGGGAAAUGUGCUUCACAGCUCCUUGAAACAUUCUGACUGCCUGACCUGGUCUGGACUUUCAACACUGGGCACAGGCCAGGGGUGUAGGAUAUUGGGUGAGGUGAGACAUUCACAACAUUGCAAAUAGAACUGACAAGAUUUGCUAUUCUACAUGACAGACAAGACUAUCUGUUCUACGUAUAACAUAUUCAGGGAGUUAUUUUGCAUGGUUGCACCAUCCUGGACAGAUCUACGUGCUGUCCCAAUUGGCCCAAUGGCUUACAUGUCCUUAUUUUCUUGUCUCAUUUAUUUUGGGUUGAUUUGAAAGACUUGAUUUUUUUGAAAAGUAAAAUGAUGGAAAUGUAUCUGGUCCUUUGAAUGGUCAGUGAUCAUGAAAGAAAAGAAAAAAACUAACAUUUAUUCAUCCAUAGUAAUGUCAUAAAGAUGAGUUUGUACAGUGAAGGUUAGAGCUGGGACUAUAAAAAAACAAUCAAUACCGAACCAACCAUUUUUAUCUAGUACAUUUGACUGAUAUUGACGAUAAGUAACCUUUACUAGAGGAAUGUGUAGUUUGAAAAAAUUCAUUAAGUCUGCUAAUAUGCGUUAUUUCUAACUGGAUAAUUGAUAGUUGCAACAUUCAAAGUAGUUUUAAGGGUAAUACAAAAGACGUAACUGGUGCACAUUCAUGUUAUCUAUUUAUCUUUCAGUUGGUCGUUAUUGUGAUAAUUCAGUCAAUUUAUGGAUUUUUGUCCAUAUCGCCCAGCUCUAAUGAAGGUUCAUGUCACCUUGUUACCCCCAUCUGCAGAAUGGGAUAUCAACCCACCGUAACAGGCUACCAAGCUAAACACUUUGGACCAGGUAUAAUUGAAAAAAAAAUGUAACUAACAAAAUGUAUCAACGCCUGCUUUUCAUUUUGUCUUUGUAAUUGAAUAAAACAGAGUUUAAAGGA